AAACUCUCAAGCUAUUGAGUGUUGAGUGUCCAACAUCCGCCUCUUCAAUUAACCUAGCAGAAGCGUUUUGUUCCAUGCCUAACCUGACUAAACUGAAACUAGAGAGUAGCAAUUUCCAGGAGGAGUUCUAUUCUACACUGAAUGCAAAGGCGCCGACCUUACAGGUCCAAACUCUCGAGCUAUGGAAUGUUCAGUGUCCAACAUCCGCCUCUUCAAUUAACCUAGCAGAAGCUUUGUGUUCCAUGCCAAACCUGACUCACCUGACACUAAGUGGAAAGGAGUUCAAGAAGGAGUUCUUUGCUACACUGAAUGCGAAAGCCUUACAUGUCCAAACUCUCGAGCUAUGGGAUGUUCAGUGUCCAACAUCCGCCUCUUCAAUUAACCUAGCAGAAGCUUUGUGUUCCAUGCCAAAGCUGACUGACCUGACACUAGGUGGAAUUUUCCAGGAGGAGUUCUUUGCUACACUGAAUGCAAAGGCCUUACAGGGUUCCUUUCCUCAAAUCAGGAACGGAAAUUUCAGGUUCAAUGGAGAUUCCCAAGCGGAUAUCGAUUCAUUCCUGCAGUCGCUCACUGACUGUCGAUCGGUGAAUACUCUUGCACUCACAUUGCUGAAGCAUGAGUGAAGAAUUCGGAUAUCACAGCCAUCAGAAUACCUUCAAGAGCCACAUC